AUGCUGGAAACACCAGUUCCUCAAGGACUGGACCAACCCUUGCAACAAGGGGAUGAUGAAUGGUGGCCUGGCAAAACACUGACCACAAAUUCGCCCAGCUGGAUGUGGAAGACGAAUAGGAAACACCUUGCAAAAGGUGAUAACAAAAACAAGGCUGGCAAGAAACUUGGCAAGGGGACAACUUCCAACAUAAGGAAGCUCCAAAGGCUACACCUCCAGGACAAGCAGCCUGAAGAGAACUCUUGGGAAAGAGGUGGAUGGGAAAACUCUUGGGAAAGAGGUGAAUGGGAAGACUCUUGGGAAAGAGAUGGAUGGACAAGUGGAUGGGGCAGAGGUGGAUGGGGAAACUCUUGGGAAAGAGAUGAGUGGGGUUCCAGCUCCUGGAAGGAUGCAUGGGAUGAGGAGGAGGAGGAGAAGGAAAAAGAGGUGGAAGAAAAAGGAGGCCACCCACACUCCCUGCACCCAAGCAAAAAGGAAAAAGCACAAACAGCUCCAAAAACAGCUCCAGGAGCAGCUCCAGGAGCAGCAGGGGAAGUGACACAUCCAUGGCAUCCUCACACAGCAGGGGUAACCUUCAUUGCCACACAGACAAGGACUGGUGAUGGAGGCAAAGCAGCCAUUUGUAAGGACACUGGCUGCACAGCCAUCUUUGAUGAUGGCACUGACAUCUUGGAAGACUGUGAACAAGCUAUGAAAAAGGCAAUGAAAUCAACCUCUGCAAAGGGGAAACAAACCUCUGGGAAGGGGAAUCAAACCCUUGCCAAAGGGAAGAACACCUCUGCAAAGGGGAAACCAGCCUCUGCAAAGGGGAAACCUUUGAAAAAAGGUGCAGUCCAGAAAGGAAUCUUGAAGAAACAGAACUUGCAAAAGUUGGGGCAGCUGUCCCUUCAGGACAAAAUCAAACAAAUCGCUGAAACCAAUGAUGAUGAACAUGAAGCAGCCAAGAAGCUGCAAAAGAGUAUGGCCACAGCAGAAAAAAACAGGACAUGGUCCAAACACCAGACCCACCCCAACAAGAAUGGCAAUGAGGAAGAAAGGGAUGCAUUCAACAAUGCAUCUAAAAAUGAAAAGGGGGAGCUGACAGCCCUUUUCCUCAUGAGAAAGGAAGCUGCCAAGUUCUGCAAUGUUAGCAGGUCCAUUGGCACCAAGCAAGAGGUGACCAUGACAGAAAAAUGGUUAUCAGAAAAAGAAGCCCUGGAAAAAAAUGCGGAGCUGAUUUGGAAAACAUUGCUCCAGUGGCAGGGUGCAGUGGAGGCAGAGUUCCAGCAGAAUGAAGAUGAAUAUGAAAGUUCGGACAACUUCUUGGAAAAGGAGCUGCACUCUCUGAUCAUGGGUCAAACCCCUGGGAAGGGGAAAGGGAAAGGGAAGGAGAUAUAUACCAACCCAGAGACACCCAAAGCAGAUGAGCAGCAAACUGAGUGCCUCAAGAAGCUCAAAAAAAACAGGGAUUUGGUGCAGCAAUGCAUGACAAACUAUGAAGAAGCACUUGAAAAAGUGAAAGGCAUGCAGUACCUCACAAAGCCUGCCUUCAAAGAAAAGGAAGCACAGCUUUCAAAGCUGGAAACUACACUUGGUAAAGUAAAGAAACAACUUGCAAAAGGUGACAAGGGAAAGGUCAACACCACCAAAGAUCUCUUGAAAGAAGCUGUGGCCACCAUACCAGAAGCCAAAGAGGAAGCCAAGGGGCUUGUCCAGAUCAGUAUGAAAACCCAAGUCCAAGAGUUCCAGAAUCCUUGCAAAAGGGGUGCACUUUUGUAA